AUGCAAUAUGACUCAGGCCAAGGCACCCAGAAACCGGGAAUGCUAACACCCCUUAUUAAAACCUUCCCGCGCACUCUAAACCCACUUCUCGAUGUCCUCGAAGCUACCUGCCCUGGGCUACGCAAAAUUAUUGCCGGUGGGCCCUGUGUUGAGCUGACUCACACCGCAAAUGCACAACCUGCCAUUCUAAUCACCUCCAUCGCAAUCCUACGCGUAUUGGAGCAAGAAUUCGGUCUGAAAACAGCAAACUUCGACUACCUACUCGGCCAUUCCCUCGGAGAGUUUUCAGCGCUGGUCGCGGCAGAUGUCAUCUCCCUUGAGGAUGCAUUAACUCUCGUACGGCGCCGCGGCGAAGAAAUGGCCGCCUGCGCCGAUGCCACGCCGGGUGAGCUGGGUAUGUGGGCCAUCAUGGUAGAGCCAAACCUUAUGGACGGUCUAAUGAGGAAAUUCCACGACUUCAUCCAUUCGGAGGUGCUGCCGGAUGACGAAUUUCUCGGGGUAGCGAACAUCAACUCGUCAACACAGAUUGUGCUGAGCGGGCAUGUGCGUGCGGUCCAGGCGUUUCUAUGCCAUAUGAGGAAGUUCAAAGGGAGCGACCCGCGUGCGAUUAGGCUGAACGUUAGCGCACCGUUUCAUUCGCAUAUAAUGUAUCCAGCGGUCAAGGUUGUUAAAAACCUUCUCGAUGAGAUGGAGAUACGGUUAGGCUUUGAAAAGGUGGUAGCAAACGCCACGGGAAGGCCAUACGAAGGUGUUGAGCCGAUGAAGAGGCAUUUAGCAGCACAGGCAGUGGAGACCGUUCAGUGGAAGGACAGCAUUGGAUACUUAGAGAGAGUACAGGGGGUAGAGAGAUGGGUGGGCAUUGGGCCGGGGAAGGUGGGGAAGAACUUGGUGGGGAGAGAGGUGCAGGGGGGGCCGCCAAGCGUCCUGUGCGCGACGGGGCUUGAUAUCAAGGAGAUGGAAGAGGUUGUAAGAGCACUGGAAGACCUGUAA